UCAUCUUACCGGCGCUGGGGGAAAUCAAUACGAGCCCAAAUCAAAAUGUCUGCACGAUCCUGCUCGUUGUUCCUGCCCGUCACUCAGUUCCACCACGGCUGAACUUAUUUGCUCAAACAGCGGAUAUUUCUGCUGUUAACAGAGCAAACAUUUGGAUGUGACUCCUGGAUAAAAUCUGACGUCUGGAUGGCUGGUUUUCACAUGACGUCCCUGGUUUGGAUCGUGUUGAUUUCCUCAGUUUAUCUGGCCGAAUGUGUGCUAGAGAAGCCAAAGAGAUCCACUCUGAACCAGCUGACCAGAACCCUCCUGAGGAAAUAUGACUGCGGGGUUCGACCUGUUCAUAACUGGACCAGCACCACAACGGUCCACAUAGACCUCAUACUGCAGUCUGUCCUCGAUGUGGAUGGAAAGACUCAGAGCAUCACCACAAGCAUUUGGUACAGACAGAUCUGGAGGGAUGAGUUCCUUGUUUGGGACCCAGAGGACUUUGAUGGUAUCACUGAGCUCUCGCUGUCCUCUGAUGCUAUUUGGGUUCCUGAUAUCAUCGUCGCCGAAUUUAUGGAAGAGGGAAAGUCCCCACCGAUCCCCUACGUUUAUGUCAACUCCUCUGGCGCUGUGAAGAACUACCGGCCCAUCCAGGCGGUGCUGGCCUGCAGCCUGGAGAUGUACGCCUUUCCUUUUGACAAGCAGAACUGCAGCCUCACCUUCCGCAGCUGGCUCCACUCAGUGAAGGAAAUCGACCUGGCUCUGUGGAGGAGUGCAGAGGCCAUAGCUAACGAUAAGAGGGAGUUCAUGAAUGAUGGAGAAUGGGAGCUGCUGGCCAUCCCUUCCCAGUACUGGCAGAUCCGCCAAGACGACGCUGACUACGCUCAGAUCCAGUUCAAUCUGCUGAUCCGCAGACGCCCCCUGCUGUACGUGGUCGGCCUCCUUAUCCCCAGCAUCUUCCUCAUGUUGGUGGACGUGGUGAGCUUCUACCUGCCUCUGAACAGCGGGACAAGAAUUGCCUUUAAGAUCAGCAUUCUGCUGGGCUACACCGUCUUCAGGGUCAACCUGAUGGAUGAACUGCCCGCCACUGCUGUCAGGACUCCUCUCAUCGGUGUGUUCUUCGUGGUGUGCAUGGCCAUGCUGAUGCUCAGCCUCACCAAGUCGAUACUGGUGGUGAAGCUGCUCCAUCACAGCGAGGAGGAGGUCAAGCAAAUGUCACUGUCUGCCUGCCUGCUGGACAAAUACGGCUCGGCUGGCCACAGCCUCUCAGAGAGCGCUUUGACCUCCAUCAAAACCCUCGACAACAUCAACGCCACUGGAGAUUAUGAGGUUGAAAGCUCCAUGGAGGAGGAUCUCCUGUCCCUGAACGACGUCCCGGAUGCUCCCUCUGGACUGGAGUGGCUGCUCCAGGAGCUGGUUUCCCUUCGCACGGCUUUUUCCCAGGACGACAGCGAGUCUUCAGCUCAGGCCCAAUGGCUUUCGCUCUGCUUGAGGCUCGAUCGCCUGCUGUUCCGCCUUUACCUGCUGGUGUUGGCCGUGUAUACGGCUACGCUGCUGCUGCUGUGGGCCAGGUGGAGCUUCACCUGAAGAAGAACUCACUGAGCCCGAUCUCUUUUAUGCUACUAGACCACUGAUUUACUAACGGUUAACAAUUUUCAAGCAUCUCAUUUUUUCUAAAUGAGCAGAUUUCUUUCAGUUAGAGGCCUACUGUAUAUCUGAACUUCCUUUUAUCACUAAAACUCUUCAAAGGG